AGUAACUCCCGAACAGAAACUCCUGAGUAGUGGAAUGGAAUGCGACCCGGAACUCAACUUCCUCUUCAUAGAUCUGUGUUCAAUUUAACAAAACGAGUUGCACCUGUUUCCCAUUCAAACGGUCAUGUGUUUGGAGAGAGACGGCAACUUGACGAAGCGCCAGAAUUAAUAACAGUAACGAACGGGGAGGGGGGACUAUUCGUGUUGUAAUGUCGUCCCGGGCGGAAAACGUGGCGGAACUUUUAGAAAUAGACAUAUGUAACGGCGACGUCUGUUCGGAGGUGGAGAGCGGACUAUUCAUCAACUCCGGUACAGGCGCGUCACUCUUACACGGUUUCUCGGAGUUUCAACAGUGGACUGGAUCUAGUUCUCGUCCGUCUUCAGACCAAAACAACACAGACUAUGUCUCAAAGAGACCGAGAGACUGCUUCAAUAACGACACCACACCAUCCCCGAGUCUGUAUCCCCAGAACGGCCCGGGGUGUGAAUCCGGUGAUCGUGUGAUCCUUGGAGAGCUUCAGGGUCGGGAUCACCGAGUUCCUCGUUCCUCCAUAGUGGACUGUCUGUUGGUGGAGUUGUAUGACACCUACAGUAGCGCCCGGAUCAGUGUCGACAGCCCGGAUAGUAGUACCGAGGCGUCCAGUUCGGAGCUGUUCUGCCGUAGUAAUACUGGGUCCAGUUUCCUCCAGGAACUACAGGAGAAACACACCAGGAGACAUCAGGUCAGCUACCUGUCUCAGAAAGCACCAGGAGAGUUGAGCUGUAUCGUAGAGGAGGUUCUCUACAGGACGGGUCUCCAGUCAGCCAAGCUGCUACGCCAGCUGAAGCGGAGAGAUCGCCUCGCUCACAAGCUCCAGAAGAACUAUGACAUCAUCACCGCCUGUCUUCAGGCCGUGUCCCAGAAGAGAAGAGUGGACACCAGGUUAAAGUUCACCAUCGAACCUUCUCUGGGCAAGAACGGCUUCCAACAGUGGUAUGAUGCUCUGAAGGCUGUGGUCAGACUUCCUACAGGCAUCCCUAAAGAGUGGAGGAAGAGGGUAUGGUUAAGUCUAGCUGAUCACUACCUCCACAGUAUCUCUAUCGACUGGGACAAAACUCUCCGCUUCGCUUUCAACGAACGCAGUAACCCUGACGAUGACUCGCUGGGCAUCCAGAUUGUUAAGGACCUACACAGGACAGGUUGUAGUUCAUACUCCGGCCAGGAGGGGGAGCAGGACCGAGUGGUGCUGAAGAGGGUACUCCUGGCGUACGCUCGCUGGAAUAAGGCUGUAGGAUACUGCCAGGGCUUCAAUGUACUGGCGGCUCUCAUACUGGAGGUUACCGAGGGCAACGAGAGCCACGCACUCAAGGUGAUGAUCUACCUGAUAGACAAGGUGCUACCGGAGAGUUAUUUUGCCAACAACCUGCGUUCUCUGUCGGUGGACAUGGCCGUGUUCAGAGAUCUCCUGAGGAUGAAGCUUCCUCACCUCUCACAGCACCUCCACCUUCUGCAGAAGACUGCUGAUAGAGAGGCUGGAGGAAGCUACGAGCCUCCCCUGACCAAUGUCUUCACCAUGCAGUGGUUUCUGACCAUGUUUGCGACGUGCCUGCCGCCCAACACCGUGCUGAAGAUCUGGGACUCGGUGUUCUUCGACGGUUCGGAGGUUCUCCUGAGGGUAGCUCUGGCUAUCUGGUCUCACCUGGAGGAGCAUAUAGAGUGCUGUCAAACAGCAGAUGACUUCUACAGCACCAUGGGAUGGAUCACUCAGGAGAUGUUGGAGAACGGCCUCGUGGACUGUAGCCACCUCAUGCAGACGGUCUACUCCAUGGCUGCGUUUCCGUUCCCUCAGCUGGCUGAACUCCGAGAGAAAUACACCUACAACAUCACUCCCUUCCCCACAUCCAACCCCAACGGCAGUGGCGGUCCAGGUGGCUGGGAGGGCGAUGAAGACGAGGAUGAAGAUGAAGAUGCCGUGGUGACAGCAGCGUUGGGAUGUUUGGGUCCUCUGGGUGGGCUGUUAGCUCCAGAACUACAGCGGUACCAGAAACACAUCAAAGACCAGCGCUGGGGGGAGCAGGGAGGUGACAUGGCGGCCCUGAGCCCGGGUGCGGUGGACGGGGGCGGGAGAGCGGAGCACCAAGCGGCCGUGAACAGUAUGUUACAGGAGAGGAUGAGUACGGACGUCAGCGCUCUGAGGAAACAAUACUCACGUCUGAAGAGACAUCAGCAACAACAGGCCAGACGGCUGUACAUACACACAGAUCGAUGUCCAGCCACCAGUGUUUUAGCAUCUCAACUCCGUCCUUCUCCUGUCGUCAACCACCUGUUGCUAGGCAGGAAGCCCAGGAACGGCCGGGAACGGCCUCCGUCCUGUCCCCACGGCCUGCAGGGAGGUAGGAACGGACUGGUAUCUCGCGCUGAAGACUGUCGGAGCAGGGCGAGGUCCCCCUGGCGAGCCCACGUACGAACCCAACGCAGGAACACAGCCCGGGUACAGCUAGGGUUUGGAGACGAGGAGGACAGACGGCCUCGUCAGACGGAGGAGGAGGAGGAGGACAGACGCCCUCGUCAGACGGAAGAGGAGGAGGAGGAGGAGGAGGAGGAGGAGGAGGACAGACGCCCUCGUCAGACGGAAGAGGAGGAGGAGGAGGAGGAGGACAGACGCCCUGGUCAGACGGAGGAGGAGGAGGAGGAGGAGAGAGAUGGAGUGGGUGAGGGAAAGGCUGAUGACGAGGGUAGUCACCUCCCUGUGUCUCCUGCCCAGACCUCCAGGAAGGAGGAGGAGCACCUGGUGUCUCUAGAGCUGAACUCUGGGUCAGAACUAAACCAGACCCCACCUCCACGACCCUCCUCUGACCCGGACGCGCCGCCCUCCUCUGGCCCGGACGCGCCGCCCUCCUCUGACCCGGACGCGCCGCCCUCCUCUGACCCGGACGCGCCGCUCCUCCUCCUGACCCGGACGCGCCGCCCUCCUCUGGCCCGGACGCCCCGCCCUCCUCUGGCCCGGACGCCCCGCCCUCCUCUGGCCCGGACGCGCCGCCCUCCUCUGGCCCGGACGCGCCGCCCUCCUCUGGCCCGGACGCGCCGCCCUCCUCUGACCCGGACGCGCCGCCCUCCUCUGGCCCGGACGCGCCGCCCCUCCUCUGGCCCGGACGCGCCGCCCUCCUCUGGCCCGGACGCGCCGCCCUCCUCUGGCCCGGACGCGCCGCCCUCCUCUGGCCCGGACGCGCCGCCCUCCUCUGGCCCGGACGCGCCGCUCUCCUCUGGCCCGGACGCGCCGCCCCUCCUCUGGCCCGGACGCGCCGCCCUCCUCUGGCCCGGACGCGCCGCCCUCCUCUCGCCCGGACGCGCCGCCCUCCUCUGCCCUGUUACCCUCUCUAACCCCCACAGCCCUGUUACCCCCUCUAACCCUGUUACCCUCUCUAACCCCCACAGCCCUGUUACCCUCUCUAACCCCCACAGCCCUGUUACCCCCUCUAACCCUGUUACCCUCUCUAACCCCCACAGCCCCGUUACCCUCUCUAACCCCCACAGCCCUGUUACCCUCUCUAACCCCCACAGCCCUGUUACCCUCUCUAACCCCCACAGCCCUGUUACCCUCUCUAACCCCCACAGCCCCGUUACCCUCUCUAACCCCCACAGCCCCGUUACCCUCUCUAACCCCCACAGCCCCCACAGCCCCGUUACCCUCUCUAACCCCCACAGCCCCCCCCGUUACCCCUCUAACCCCCACAGCCCUGUUACCCUCUCUAACCCCCACAGCCCUGUUACCCUCUCUAACCCCCACAGCCCUGUUACCCUCUCUAACCCCCACAGCCCCGUUACCCUCUCUAACCCCCACAGCCCCGUUACCCUCUCUAACCCCCACAGCCCCGUUACCCUCUCUAACCCCCACAGCCCUGUUACCCCCUCUAACCCCCACAGCCCUGUUACCCCCUCUAACCCCCACAGCCCCGUUACCCCCUCUAACCCCCACAGCCCCGUUUCCCCCUCUAACCCCCACAGCCCCGUUACCCCCUCCCUCCCUCUCUCCUGCCCCUCCGUGCCCCAGGACCAUCCCAGGACCACCUCUAACCCCCACAGCCCCGUUACCCCCUCCCUCCCUCUCUCCUGCCCCUCCGUGCCCCAGGACCAUCCCAGGACCACCUCCCGUCAGGUGUUCUCUCCCUUCCCGAGUGUGAAACAGCACAGACGUUCAUCUGCAGCCCGUAACCUGGGUCUCUACGGUCCCACACCCAGAACCCCUACAGUUCACUUCCCUGGGCUCAGCCUGAGCCGUACUACCUCCACUCUGUCCACCAGGAGGCGAUAGAGGCCACGCGGCACUGACUGACUGGCUCUGGUGGGGACGGGACCGGACCUGAGAGAGACUGGGGACUGGACCUGAGGGGGACGGGGGACGGGACUGGACCUGAGCGAGACUGGGGACUGGACCUGAGGGGGACGGGGGACGGGACCCGAGAGAGACUGGGGACGGGACCCGAGAGAGACUGGGGACGGGACCCGAGAGAGACUGGGGACCGGACCCGAGAGAGACGGGGGACCGGACCCGAGAGAGACGGGGGACCGGACCCGAGAGAGACUGGGGACCGGACCCGAGAGAGACUGGGGACCGGACCCGAGAGAGACUGGGGACCGGACCCGAGAGAGACUGGGGACCGGACCCGAGAGAGACUGGGGGACGGGACCGGACCCGAGAGAGACGAGUGGGGUCAGUAAUCAGCUAUGGUCUGAUCCACUGCUCAUAGGUAGGACCUUAACUCUCCACAGUGGAGGUCAAUGCCCUCUCAACCAAUAGGAAGAGGAAGAGCUGCUAUGUAACUUUCUGUGUUGUGGUCAUUUCCUCCCCCCUGUUGGAAGCUGUAAACUGGGAUCUGUCUGGCUGAACGGCAUCAUGGGAUCGUCUCUGUCCACUCACCUUCUAUCCCAGGUCACGUUCUCUUCACCGUAUAAACACAAUGUUCAACUCCUUCCUUCCUCUCAGCUGAUUUCUGUUCCCCACUUCCUGUCUGCCUGUUUGCUUCCUGUCAAUGUGUCUCUCCGCAGUAAGACGCCAUACUAAAAGAUCCAUAGACCCGUGUGUCCGUGAUGUGAUUUGUAAUUGUUGGUAAAUGAACCCACGCCAUUGUGGGGUGAGAGGUCACUGCACUGCUAAUAAAGAAGGUGAAAUCA